CCCGCCAGGACUCUAAAGAACUCUCCAGGGAAUCCCCAACUCCUCCUUUGGUCCACCUUCGGUUUCAGAGUCCAUGGACGGACUGUAGUAGGGAAAGGUUGCAGCAAUGGAGAUGGGUGCCAACUCUCUCGGGGUAUCCGGGUCCUCCUCUGGCUCCAGCGAUUCCCUCCACGGGCUCGCGUUCGGGAAAAAGAUUUACUUUGAGGACGGUGGUGGUGGUGGUGGUGGAGGUGGCGGUUAUGGUGGGAGCUCGUCCAAUGCCCCCGUAGCCCCGUCUCCUGCUCCGGUGGCGGCGGCGGCGGCACCGCCUCAGCAUGCGAAGAAGGGGAAGGGAGUGGUGCAUGGAGGGAAGCAGCAGCCUCCGAGGUGCCAGGUGGAGGGCUGCCAUGUGGAUCUCACCGGGGCGAAAGCUUAUUACUGUCGACACAAAGUCUGUGGGAUGCACUCAAAGGCACCAAAAGUGAUGGUUGCAGGCUUGGAGCAGCGGUUCUGUCAGCAAUGUAGCAGAUUUCACCAGUUACCCGAAUUUGACCAAGGGAAACGCAGUUGCCGCAGACGGCUUGCAGGCCAUAAUGAGCGUCGAAGGAAGCUGCCGCCUGGGCCUUUUGCAUCACGAUAUGGUCGCAAUGCUUCAUCCUUCCAUGGACCAAGCAGAUUCAGAAGCUUUCUCAUGGACUUUAAUUAUCCAAGGUUUUCUAGCAACACAGGGGACGUUUGGCCGACCAUUAGGCCUGCCGAUCGGGUGGUCGGUAACCAGAUCAGUCUGGGACUCUUGUUUCCACCUUCUGGUGCCGCGAUGGCACAUGACGGCCAUCCACCUUUAGAGGAGCCACUGUACUCCAUCCCUCAAAUUCCACCAGGCGAAUGUCAUGCAGGAGUCACCGACUUGAGCUGUGCUCUCUCUCUUCUGUCAACUCAACCGCCAUGGAGCAGCAACACCACUCUCCGGAAUCAGACUUCAACCUCCUCAGCAAGCAGCAGCUUCGAUGGCACCUCAACAGCGCAGCCAGCCAUUUCGAACACUUGCAUGACGAACCAAUGGAGUUUUAUAGGUAACGGAGGAAGGAGGAGUAACUCUCAAAAUGUGCAACAGGACAUGGGUUUAGCCACAGUGGCAGCCGAGGAUGUCCAUGGUCAGUUCUCAGGUGAACUGGAAUUAGCUCAACAGGGAAAUGGGCAGUGCCUUGGCCAUGUCAUGCACUGGUCACUCUAGAGCAUCUGUUUUCUCUCUCCUUGGAGCUGUCAAUGAUGUGUUUUUGGAUUGUGAUAGUGCGAGGAUUUGGACUGUAAGAAGCAUCAGCUCAUCCUUGUGCAUGUGAUGG